GAGAGGUGAGUCCGGGUUUGGGGAUCCAGAUGUCCAGCCCCGUGUCCCCCUCCAAACAUCCAGUCCCUCUCAUAUUGCCUUUGAAAUUAGCAGCCUCUGGGUGACCAGACCUUGGCCCUCAGAGGAAUCCCGGAGAAAGGUAGAACCAGCUUCGGCGUUGGGAAGGCAGGCGCGCUUACGCAUUUAGUGAGGGUUUGGCGGUCGCCAUAGUUACCGCCGCCGCUCGUGACGUCAUAGUGGAGCGCUGAGGGCGUGGUGGCGUGGGGUGGGGGCUGUCCUGCUGAUCCUGAAUUUGGGGUCACUGGUAAGAGGAGUUGCCCAUUCCAGCCAGGUGGAACGGGGAGGGGUGCCACAUGUCUCAAAUCUGCCAUUGUCUGCGAAAAGAAACUGCUGCGAGGACCAUCCCCAAUCCCCUGCUUCCCUUGGGAAGAGUAACCGCCGUUUUGUAGGACACUUGGGGACAACCCCGCUUGUCCUGAAAUUUAUUGACACGGUAAAUAGUAUUUCCUGUGUGCCGAAGAUGCAGUGAAACCAACACUGACCCCCUGCCCUUGAGAAACACAAGAUGGCUACAGAACCAAAGAAAGCUGCAGCCCAGAACUCUCCAGAGGAUGAAGGACUUCUGAUAGUGAAGAUAGAAGAGGAAGAAUUUAUCCACAGGCAGGACACUUGCUUACAGAGAAGUGAACUCCUUAAGCAGGAGCUCUGCAGGCAGCUUUUUAGGCAGUUCUGCUACCAGGAUUCUCCUGGACCUCGCGAGGCACUGAGCCGGCUCCGGGAGCUCUGCUGUCAGUGGCUGAAGCCAGAGAUCCAUACCAAGGAACAGAUUCUGGAACUGCUGGUGCUAGAGCAGUUCCUGACCAUCCUGCCAGGAGAUUUGCAGGCCUGGGUACAUGAACAUUACCCAGAGAGUGGAGAGGAGGCAGUGACCAUACUAGAAGAUUUGGAGAGAGGCACUGAUGAAGCAGUACUCCAGGUUCAAGCCCAUGAACAUGGACAAGAAAUAUUCCAGAAAAAAGUGUCACCUCCUGGACCAGCACUUAAUGUCAAGUUACAGCCAGUGGAGACCAAGGCCCAUUUUGAUUCAUCAGAACCCCAGCUCCUAUGGGACUGUGAUAAUGAGAGUGAAAACAGUAGAUCCAUGCCAAAGCUGGAAAUUUUUGAAAAAAUUGAAUCACAGAGAAUUAUAUCUGGAAGAAUCUCAGGAUACAUAUCAGAAGCAUCUGGUGAGUCUCAAGACAUCUGUAAGUCUGCAGGCAGGGUAAAGAGACAAUGGGAAAAAGAAUCAGGGGAGUCUCAGAGACUCUCAUCUGCCCAGGAUGAAGGUUUUGGUAAAAUCCUCACCCACAAAAAUACAGUCAGAGGUGAAAUAAUAAGCCACGAUGGAUGUGAGAGGAGAUUAAAUCUGAACUCAAAUGAAUUCACACACCAGAAAUCUUGUAAACAUGGUACCUGUGACCAGAGCUUCAAAUGGAACUCAGAUUUUAUUAACCAUCAAAUAAUUUAUGCUGGAGAAAAAAAUCACCAAUAUGGAAAAUCUUUCAAGAGCCCAAAACUUGCUAAACAUGCAGCAGUUUUCAGUGGAGAUAAAACUCAUCAGUGUAAUGAAUGUGGGAAAGCUUUCAGGCACAGCUCAAAACUUGCUAGGCAUCAGAGAAUCCACACUGGAGAGAGACGCUAUGAAUGUAAUGAAUGUGGGAAAAGCUUUGCAGAGAGCUCAGAUCUUACUAGACAUCGGCGAAUUCACACUGGGGAAAGACCCUUUGGUUGCAAAGAAUGUGGGAGAGCAUUCAACCUGAACUCACAUCUUAUCAGGCAUCAGAGAAUUCACACCAGAGAGAAACCCUACGAGUGUAGUGAAUGUGGGAAAACCUUCCGAGUGAGCUCACAUCUUAUUCGACACUUUAGAAUUCACACUGGAGAAAAACCCUAUGAAUGCAGUGAGUGUGGAAGAGCCUUCAGUCAGAGCUCAAACCUUAGUCAACACCAGAGAAUUCACAUGAGGGAAAACCUAGUAAUGUAAGGAACUUAAAUUUGUAAGUAAAUGCUGAGGAAAUGGCACAAUAUGAAAAAUAUUAAAUAAAAAAUAAAUAUUGGGCAAGA